CGGCGGCGGAAGGGGAGGAGGCGGCGGCGGUGGCGGCGGCCCCGGCUCCGCCCGCGGUGCCUUCGCCGGGCGUCCCCCGGAAAACGGCGCCGCGCUCCGCCGGGGCCGCCAUGGAGGACGAGGCGACGCGGCUCGCCUUCAUGCAGCGGGCCCUCGACGUGGCCCGAGGAGCGCUGGAGGUCGGGGAGGUGCCCGUGGGCUGCCUGCUGGUGUACGAGGGCCAGGUGCUGGGGGAGGGCAGGAACGAGGUGAACGAGACCAAGAAUCCUACUCGACAUGCAGAAAUGGUGGCAAUUGAUCAGGUCCUGGACUGGUGCCAGCAAAACAAUAAAAAUCACGAGGAAGUGUUUUCAAACUCAGUGUUGUACGUAACCGUGGAGCCUUGCAUCAUGUGUGCGGCUGCAGUGCGCUUGAUGAAAAUUCCACGGGUCGUAUAUGGCUGUCAAAACGAGCGAUUUGGAGGCUGUGGCUCAGUUUUGAGCAUCUCAUCUGAUGAUAUGGUAGACACAGGAGAACCAUUUGAAUGCAUGUCUGGCUAUUACGCCAAAGAAGCAGUGGAACUGUUAAAAGCUUUCUACAGACAAGAAAAUCCUAAUGCACCAAAAUCAAAAGUACGGAAAAAAGAUCGUCGUAAGUAGGCCUACGCUGAUGUGAAACAGAAGUUUACAAAAACAUUAUAUGCAAAGGUUUCUUCAGCAUCCUUCUUUUUCAGAAUGUAUGGUCAAAUUAAACUAUGUUAAAUAUGUUC